AGUUAUCAAGGAAGAAAUAAAAUUUCAGGUAAAAUAAUACCACCGUUUUUUUUUUGAACAACCAUGUUGGGCACUUGUCAUCUUUAAAUUCAAAUUAAUCCACGAUGCAAAAUAAAUUAUCUAAAUUUAUCCAGCUACUUCAUUAUUAUAUUAAAAAGCGUGGGUAUAAUUAAUCGAGCAAAACUACUAAUCUACCUUAAUUUAUGUAGGUUAGACACAAGAAAUUGCCAUCCGCGCAUUACUAAAAUAAUCUAGUAAGGAAACUCUUAAACCCAGCCAUUCGACGCAAUCUCGUCGCAUGCGAUUGUCUAAUUAAACGUGAGAGUAGUCAUAGCAACAAUUAAGCAAACACGAUUUUAGCGUCAAUCAAGCGGACAGUGUGACCAGUUGCACGCGUGACCAGCCGCGGAGCAGACGCAUAUUCGUUCAUUUCGAUCCGCGAAAGAUGAUCCGAACAGGAGAUGAGCAGCAGUGGUCAGGGAGGCGGUGAAGGGACCUUAGCUCCGGUAGCUGUGUCCAGAACCUACGUCGUCGACCCGCUGGUGCAGAACGUGGCCGUGCUCGCCGUCCUCGGGGUCGCAGGCACGCUGUUCAAUGUGGCCCUGCUCGCCGGGUCCCUCACCAGGCCCAGAGUCCCGGGCAGCCUGGGGUGCACCCCGCCGCUCGCAUCGGCCCUCUCCAACCUGGCCUUCGGUGGACUCGUCGAGAGUUCUCUGAGCAUAUUCCUGGCGGCAGCGUACAAUGGUGGCGGCCUGACCAGCACGUCGACGGCACCAAACGACUUUUCACUGCCUGGCAAGGCGGCUCUGCUGGCUGUGCUGUUCCUAGUGUCGGCGUGGUUCUCCUGGUCCAUGGCCUGCAUCAUGUCCGCCGCUGUCCCGGGCGCCUCACUUGGCCUCGUGCGGCUGCUAAACUUGCUGGGCGGCGCCGUCAGCAUCGGCCUCGGAGCAGCCACUGGAUACGUUAGUGGCGCCGACAGAUCCAACAUUAGCUCGACGGUUAUGGUGCCCCGGCUAAAGCUGCUGGCCAUCCCUGCGGGCCUCAGGUGGUCCAUCGUGGUCCUCGGGUUCGCCCUUCCGUGGGCUGUGUGGCUGAUCUUCGUCGUCGUCGCAACGUUCAGGUCUAUGGGGCCGAAAGGCGCUCAGGAAAAUGUCUUCCAGUUCUCGUCGGACACGCCACCAUCGACAGGAGCCAUCGUUUCGACUCUGGUCAUCUUGUACCUGGGACUUAGGGUCCCUUACGAAAUAAGUUCCCUGAUGCAAGGUCCGCGACCCCCUACCUUGCACUCGGCCCUGGCGUGGUCGCGCUUCGCAUUUGCGGUCCUGGCGCCGAUCCUGGUGUUAGGCAGCGCUCGCAGGUUCAAAGCGGCCUUAGUGGCCGCCUUUAUGUGCUGCUCGCGUCGGCGGAGCAGCGUCGCGCCUCCGGAGGAGCCGCCCAGCCAAGGGGCCAGCAAGGUUCCUGCUUCAGUCCCAGUCCUCUUCCAGACCCCCGGAGGUCUGUACCUUAGGAGAGUGCGGUACAAUCACCACCCAACGGCGCCAGGGUUCACCUACACCCUGUGCGAUUUGGAUCCGCAAGGGACGCAAAAGGCCAGCACCAUUGAGAAAAUGGACAUGUUCAUGCGGAGCAGUGCAUUCUUGAAUUGAAAUGAAAAUCGCAAAGAAUUGCGUUCAAUAAAUAAGCCUGUCUUGUUUAUUGCAGAACUUGGGUAUAUACAUUGUAAAUAUGCGUCAACACAACGGUGGUAAUGAACGAAGUAAAUGAAAUAAAAAUA